UUUGGGAUCUAGACAGAAUCCAAGAAUCCCGUUCACACAACCACCAAGUUAAAAAAUAAAUAAAGUUUGGUCACUGAAUAGUAUAGUUGGAAUGGAUUAGUUGCCUCCCAAUGACUCCCGCUUUCCCGGUAUCUCUCCGUUGAAUAUGGGUUGACUUACCAUCUUCAUUGAUCAGCCUAAGCUUCUCUUUUCAGGGUGCUAGAUGCAAAGUCCAAAGUCCCGCGUCCCACAGCUAGGCGCGGACUAUGUUACUCAGACUCGGGUACUCGUGUCCGGUACAUAUAUAAGUGUGCAAUUCGGCUAUUUUGUGAAAUUUUUGUAUGAUUUUAGACCAAAAUAAAGUGUCGACUCAUAUUUGAAUGUCGAGGAUCUGACAGACCGACAUGGGUACUUGAGGUGAAAGGAAGAGUUCAAGUGGACAGACUUUAAUUUCAAUGGAGGACCCAAUUGAUGAGUUAGCGACUACCAUCAAGAGGAAGUGUGACUCAUUGACCCCUCUGUCCUCAAAAUGCUGUAUCUAUAGAGUACCGAGAAACCUCCGGAAAAUAAAUGAAAAUUCCUUCACUCCUUCACUCAUCUCCAUUGGUCCAUUCCAUCGUGGCAACCCAAAGUUUCAAGCCAUGGAGGAGCAGAAAUUGAGAUAUCUACAGAAAUUCAUACAACGCAAUAGUAACAGAGACUUGGAGGACUACCUAAGUUCAUCCAUGAAAUGGGAGAAGGAAGCCCGGGAUUGUUAUUUGGCAACCAUCCAUCUCUCAAGCAUAGAGUUUACAGAAAUGCUAGUGCUUGAUGGCUGCUUCAUUAUCGAAUUUUUCUUAACAUGGGUUGGGAGUGCUGUUGAUCCCAAUGACCGUAUAUUUCACAGACCCGCUUUGAGCCAAGCAAUUUUACGGGAUCUUAAAUUGCUGGAGAAUCAAGUCCCGUUUUUUAUUCUUGAAAUUUUAUACAACAUUGCCUUUGAAGACAAUGAAAAGGCCCCUAGCUUCCUGAAGCUCACUUGUGAAUGUAUGAUCGGACUUGGCAAGGUCCCGCAGCAUUUUAAGAAGACAAAGAUAUUGCAUUUAGUUGAUUUCUUAAGAACUUACUACUUACCACCGGAUAAGAAAGAGAUAUGUUACGAGGAUCAAGAUUGGGAAUUCCCAGAUGGGAUUUCUGAGCUCUAUGAGUCUGGUGUGACAUUGAAGGUUGAUAAAGAUGACAAGUUUCUCAACAUCGAGUUUGAAAAUGGAGUCCUCUAUAUACCAGAGCUAAUGCUGGAAAAUCACACUGAAUCUCAACUCAGAAACUUGGUCGCCUUUGAGCAAUGUCAUUACCCUCGGGAAUCCUUCGUGGUUGAUUAUGUUCUCUUCUUGGACAGUCUCAUCUACGACAGGAAAGAUGUGGAUGUCUUGGUUAAUCACGGUAUCAUAUUGAACUCUCCCGGUAGUAGUGAGGAUGUUUAUAGACUCUUCAGCAAUAUCUCCAAAGGAACCACAUAUUCACGUGGAAGCUUUUAUUAUGCUGAUGUCUGCAGACGCCUUAAUCAGUUUUGCGGAACUCCUUGGAAUCGGUGGAAGGCAAUACUUCGCCAAGAUUACUUCAGUAAUCCAUGGUCCAUGAUUUCUACAAUUGUUGCUGUAGUUUUGCUUGUUCUCACUAUCAUUCAGACCUAUUGCGAUAUUGUUCAACUCCAGUAUUAAACAUUCCAGUUUUCUGAGCUGAUUUUGUUGCUGCAGAAGAAGUGUAGUUGAUUUCUGAAAUUAUCUGUCACAAAUAUGUGUCCAGAAAUCAAGGUUUGUAACAAUAUAUACCAAUUCUUACUGGUAUAUAAACUGUGUACUACUUGUGUAGUUUAAAAAGAAACAAAAGGAGUAAUGUAUACACUCACUACAUAUUUAAGCUCAAAAUUUCGCCA